AAGUUUCAGAAUUUACCGUGACGAAAUAGUCAGGCGGAUAAAUAUUAUCCCUUGCUCUCGUCUCAAGCCUCUAGGGAACACCGCUUUCUUCAGUCUUAAGAGAAAAGUGAACCAGAGGCGGCCACCAGUUAUCCGUGACGAUGCCUCCCCGAGCGGUGAACCGGAAGAAGGCGCCGGCGAAGAAGUCGUCUACUCCCAAAUCGAAGCAGCAAGGCCUUCAAUCGAGCGCCACCGCGGCCGCCUCGGCCACGGCCGAAGAUACCGCAGUUUUUGCCGACUUGGAUAUGACUGCUUUGGGGUCGGAUCUGUCCGCCCCCGUAGAUGACCUCAGUGAUCCCGAAUCGUCUGUGAAUGCAUCCAAGGAAGAACCUGAAGAAGCUUCACAAGAGCAAGAACCGCCGAAGGUUCACGAACCCGAAGAACUGAAUGUUCUGGAAGGCGAAGAGGGCAAGAUUCUGGCAAGGCAGGAUGAGAAGGCCGUCGACGCGGAAGAGAUUGAAAUCAAGAAUGAAGUGGAGGACGCGGCGCCUGAUUCUAUGGAAGUUGAGGGUUUGGAGAGGAGAGAGGAGGUUGUGGUGAGUGCCGACACUGAUGUGGUGGAAAUCAAGGCUUUUGAGGAAGUGGUUGAAGAAGGCAAGAAUUUGGGUGGUGCCACGGAGGACGUUUCGAGGAUGAAUGCUGAGGAAGCUGUGGAGAAUGGUGAUGGUGCGGGCGAGGGGCGCGGAGAAGCGACGGGUGUGGAGAAGGAAGGUGAAGGCGGUGAGGAUGGAGAGAAUGGUGGUCCUCAAGUGCACGUUGAUGCAGGUGCUGCAGAAAAUUUAGUUGAAGGAGAGGCUUCUGUUGCUGAAAUGGAGAAGAAGGUUUCUGGUGCUGAAAAUGAGGAGAUGGAAGUACUUGAAAGCUGUGAUGCCCCUUCUGGUGUUAAAGAAGCUAUUGCUUGGGGAGGGAAGGGUGAAGAGAGUCGAGAUGAUGGGAAAGGUAAUGGAAAUGCAAAUGAGGAAGAUAAUGAGGAAGCUAUUGAAGAAGAGAGUGAUGAAGACAAUGAAGAAGAUGAAGAUCUUUCUGAUUAUAUCCAUGAGCCUCUAACUGAAAGGAAGAAACAAAAAGAUUUAGAAAUUUUUGUGGGAGGACUGGAUAAAGGGGCAGGUGAAGAAGACCUGGUUAAUGUUUUUGGAAAGUUUGGGGAAAUUAAAGACGUCAGAAUAGUAAUGCAUCCGACUAAAAAGAAAAGCAAAGGAUUUGCAUUUAUACGAUAUGCCACUCUUGAGCAAGCCAAAAAUGUCCUUUCUGAGUUGAAGGAUGGAAUUGAGGUGAGAGGCAAGCGUGUUAAAAUAUCUGCAAGCCAGGACAAUGAUACCCUUUACAUGGGAAAUAUUAGCAAGGUGUGGGCAAAAGAGCAGGUUCUUGAAACUCUAAAAGGGUAUGGAAUUGAACAAAUUGAAGAUAUACAUUUACCUGAAGAUUCCAAUAAUGAAGGGAAGAUCAAAGGUUUUGCUCUCUUGGAGUUCACCACCCACUCUGAUGCAGUGGCAGCAUUCAAACGACUAAGAAUGCCAGACGCUAUAUUUGGCCGUGAUAGAAGUGCUAAGGUUGCAUUUGCACAGACCCCAAUGCAUCCCAGUGAAGAAGCUCUAUCAAAGGUGAAAACUGUUUAUAUUGAAGGUCUCUCUGAUUCUUGGGAUGACAAGAAGAUAAAAGAGGUCUGUGAACAGUAUGGUGAGAUUGAAAAAGUUAAAUUAUCUCGAAAUCUUGGCACCAAACGCAAGGAUUUUGGAUUUGUUACCUUCGCUUCUCGAGAAAGUGCUCUUGCUUGCGUGGAGGGAAUUAAUAUUGCUCAGAUUGGGGAUGGAGAAGCCAAGGUUAAAGCCAACAUUGCAAAGCCUCAUUUUAGGGGUCGGCUUCAAAAGCAAGGCACUCGCGGAGGAUUCAAGGUUAAAAAAGAAAGUGAGAAGAUGGCUGAAGUUGGAACUUCAAAGAAGAAAGGCCGUGCCAAGUCUAAAGGGGCUGAAAAGAAAGAAAAGGCAGUAGCUGCAGAGAAAGCGACAACUGAAGAGAAGGAGAAGGCUCUCCCUAAGUCAAAAAGUAUUGAUGGAGGUCAACCAAAUAAACCCCUUAGUGUCUCUAAAGGACAGGCUGUUGGGGCACCAUCCAAGCCAGAAAAUCGCAAGAGAAAGAGUGUGCCAUUGAAGGUUGACGGGAAGGGGAAGAGAGACAGACACCAUGGUUACAAUAGGAGGCCAGAGAAGAAACGACGAGGCGCCAUGCCAAGCAGGCAAACUGAUGCUUUUAGAAAUCUGAGGAGCCACCAUUCCUUUAGGAAAGGACCUGUCCAUGGUGCAAGUUCAAUUUCUUUUGGAAAUCAAUUUGCAUCAGGAUAUGCUGCACCCAUGAGCAGCUAUCCUGCUCAUAGCUACACUGCAGUUUCUGGAUCAAAAAGGCAUCGCUCUGAUAUGGAACCUCAUGCUGGAUACCUUGAACCUGCUGUUGGGCAGCAAGGCCCAGCUUAUGCAGGAUAUCACAAACCGGCUCUUGGAAUGCCAAUCCAAACUCGUGCAGGAUACCCUGAGUCUGCUGUUGGAGCACAGAGUCACCAUCAAUAUAAUUAUGGGAUGAGAAGCACGGGUGGGUAUGACGGCCUAGGAAGCAAUGGCUCUGCGUAUGGGGCAGGAUCUGCUCGCCUGCCAACUUAUGUUGCCAACCCUACCACCUAUGCUUAUGAGGGUGGUAGUAGCGCUGGUGGUUAUCAUCGUGGCAGUGUGCCAUAUCCCCGUGGGCGGCAAUACUAUUAAAAGUUUUCUGGUAAGAGAGUUCAAGUCCAGGGUACAAUUUUCCAAUUUAUGUUUAAGAGAGAUCAGCCGACGGCAUCGUUGCCUACCCCAUUGUCCUGGUAGGGAAGAAGGGGAGUGGGCGGGGAAGUUGCUUUUGUUCAAGAUCCUUACUAAAUCCUCUUCUGUUGAGAAUUCUGUAUACAGUGUUCCAUCUAGCUAUAGUAAAGUUAUUAAAUUUAUUACAGAAA